AAUUCUAUAGGGGAAACACGUAAAAACUGGGUCUUUGGCUGCAAUAAAAAUAAUGAAUAUAAAUGAGGAUGAAGAAGAGGAGAUUAAAGCUGAGAUUAAUAUGCUCAAAAAGUAUUCUCAUCACCCAAAUAUUGCCACUUAUUAUGGGGCCUUUAUCAAAAAAUUGCCUUCUUCAACAGGCAAACAUGAUCAACUUUGGCUUGUAAUGGAGUUUUGUGGUAGUGGAAGUGUUACAGAUUUAAUUAAAUCUUCAAAAAGUGGUUUUCUUAGAGAAGAGUGGAUUGCUUAUAUUUGCAAAGAGAUUCUUGGGGGUUUAAGCCAUCUUCACAAAAGCAAUGUCAUCCAUAGGGAUAUUAAAGGCCAAAAUGUCCUUUUAACGGAUAAUGGUGAAGUUAAAUUAGUUGAUUUUGGGGUUAGUGCACAAUUAGAUAGAACUGUUGGAAAGAGAAAUACUUUUAUUGGAACACCUUAUUGGAUGGCUCCAGAAGUAAUUGCUUGUGAUGAAAAUCCCGAUUCUACAUAUGACUCUCGCAGUGAUCUCUGGUCUCUCGGCAUUACAGCCUUAGAAAUGGCUGAAGGGCACCCACCGCUUUGUGAUAUGCAUCCAAUGCGUGCUCUAUUUUUAAUUCCUCGCAACCCUCCUCCAAGAUUAAAUAAAAAAUCUUCCAAAAAAUGGUCAAAAAAGUUUGACUCGUUUAUUGAAUGUAUAUUGGAGAAAGACUACACGAGGAGGCCUUUUACUGAUAAUCUUAUUAAGCAUGCCUUUAUUCGAGAACAAAUUCCCGAAAGAGUUGUUCGAAGUGCAAUUAAAGAUCAUAUUGAUAGACAUAGAAAAGUUUUAAGAAAAGAAGAAACAGAAUACGAAUAUAGUGGAAGUGAUGAUGAUGAAAUUCGCAUAAACAAUAAUCUUGAAGCUAUAUUAAAUAAUAAUAAUAACAAUAAUAAUAGAACAAAACAUUCACCCAGACCAAAUCCUUCCAAUGGCACAAAAGCCGUAGAAGAACCUCCAACAAUUAAAGGAGUUGGUGGAUGUGAUUUGAGAAAAGAAUUUCAAAGAAUUCAAGAGAAUAAUAGGUCCGCAUUUGAAGACGACAAACCACUUUUACAUCUUAAAAGAAUUGCCCAACCACCGCAAUCUAAUACAACACCAGAACAGUCUUUUAAGGACAACAAUGGAAAUAAUGCUGGUGUUGUUAGAAUGAGGCCUCCUCAGAGUUUUGGGGCUGUUAAUAGUGGUCUCCACCCUAAUAAUAAACAACAACAACCUAAACUUGCCAGCCACCCGCAUCGUUCUUCACACUAUCAACCUCAACAAUCCUCUCAAUAUAAUCGCAGUAGAACAUCAAAUAGCCAUCAUACUCAGCAACAUCCAGCAGCACCUCAUUUAGCUGAAUUAGCAAAUAAUUAUGAUAGAAAAAAGAAAGAACAACAAUUACAACAAAAACAACAAAGAAUUGGUGCCAUUCUCCCUCCUCAACAACCUUUAUCUUCCCAAAAACAACAUCAACAACAAAGGAGAUGUGUAGUUCCUAAUCGUUCUUCACAACAACAACAAAGUGAUGUUAGUAGACGUUCAAUUGUUUCUGGACAAAAACAGAUAAUUGGAACAAGUUUACAGCAACAAUUGAGAAAGGAAUCUCAUCAACCUGAAGAUUUGGAUAUUUUGGCUGAUGAACUGCGUGAACUCUCUAAGGUUAAUUCAAAACAUCCAUCUGUACCUAAAAUUUCUGCUGCAAAAAUAACAACGAGCGGUAGCUCCAAAAUGACACAGCCUCUUCCCUUUCUUUCUUCUGACUCCGAGCCUCCAUCUCCUCCCCCUAGAGGUAAAAUACCGCCAUGGAAGAAUUCUAAUCGGACUUUCAAAAAAAUCUUAGACUCUUCAAUGGUUGAAACAUUUUCUGAACGGAAGGUUUUGCUUAAUGAGAAACGCCAACAACGUUCACUUGACGCCUCUCGUCAACAUGACAAACCUCUUCCACCUACACCAACCAAACGAGGAAAUAUUGUUGGUGGUGCUAAUAAUGAAGAAGAUGAGGAAAAAGGAACACUUGUUGUGCAUCGACAUGCUUCAGUUUCCCCGCAAAGACGACAACGUAGCAAUAGUUCAAAUCUUUUGCAUGUCCGUUCUGAUAGAUUAUUACUUUCUGGUUCGCGUACAAGCCUUAACCAACAAUUGGCCAAUAUUGGAAAACAAUCUUCAGCGCCUGAAUGCCAACAUUCAGCAUUUGAACAUGAACAAGAUGAAGAUUCUUCUGACUCAGAAGAAGAUGAAGUUGAAGUCACUAGUAUAGAACCAAAAAAUGCUUGUGAAUCAAUUACUUGUCUUCAAAAUCAUGAACCUGCUCCUGCUAUCUACAUUAAUCGUAAUCCUUAUGAUAAACAAGGAAAUGAUGAUGGAAGAGAUGAGGAUGAAGAACAACAUCAACAGGAAGAUGAGGAUGAAGAAGAGGAAAUGGUUGAAGACCCUAUACAAACUCUUCGUCGACCACCUCAUCAAAUGUUCACUUCUUCUAUGGAACAACAACAUUCACUAAUUGAAUCCCCUGCCUCAUUCUCUCCUGCAGAUAAAUUUCAGCAGAGGGAACGGGAAAAAUCUUUUAUCGGCUUUUUUGGUAAUUAUCCGUCUGGUGUUAUGCCUCCAGCUUUUGGAGGUGGAGGUUCCCAUGGAUCACCUCCAAUUUUUGGUUCAGCCUCAGCAGGGAGUGGUGGAGCAGCAGGAGGAGGAUUAAUGUUUGGAGCUAUACACGUAAAUGUCAACCCUGAUGGUGCUACUCCAACAGAUGCAGACGCACCUGAAAUUCGAAAAUACAAAAAAAGAUUUAAUGGAGAAAUUCUUUGUGCUGCUCUUUGGGGCGUUAAUUUACUUAUUGGAACGGACACUGGUUUAAUGUUAUUAGACCGAAGUGGACAAGGAAAAGUUUAUCAUUUGGUUACUCGAAGGCGUUUUGAUCAAAUGACUGUUCUUGAAGGUCAAAAUAUUUUGGUCACUAUUAGUGGCAAAAAACGUCGAAUACGGGUCUACUAUUUGUCUUGGCUUAAACAGAAGAUACUUCGAACUGAAGGGUUACAACAAUCGGAUAAAAGAAAUGGUUGGAUGAAUGUUGGAAAUUUACAGGGAGCUAGCCAUUUUAAAAUUGUCCGGCAUCAACGUAUAAAAUUUUUAGUUGUUGGUAUAGAAAAUUCUUUAUCAAUUUAUGCUUGGGCUCCUCGUCCAUACAGCAAAUUUAUGGCAUUUAAAAGUUUUGGUCAACUUACUCAUUCCCCUUUAGUUGUUGAUUUAACUAUUGAGGAGGAUGUUAGGCUUAAAGUACUUUAUGGAAGUGGUACUGGAUUUCAUGCUAUUGACUUGGAUUCUGCCUCAAUUUAUGACAUUUAUACACCUCCACAAACAAUUGCCAAUCAAGAAUUAACCCCUCAUUGUAUUGUUAUUUUGCCUGAUACUUGUGGAAUGCAAUUACUUCUUUGCUAUAAUAAUGAAGGUGUAUAUGUUAAUACUUAUGGAAAAAUUACAAAAAAUGUUCAACUUCAAUGGAGUGAAAUUCCUUCUUCUGUUGGUAAGUUGAAUAAAGAAAAUAUUAUUUUUUGGGAUAAAGAGGAGAGGGGAAUAUUCAAAAAAAAGUCAAAUCCCCCAACUUUAAAGGACGGGGAAAAGCUUUUUUUGAUUGACAAGAAGAAAAGAUUAUUUUUUUAA